CGGCGCGCGUGGAAAAUUUCACACAGACCUCACGAAGACUUCAUCGGGUCACUGUGAGCUGCCGUUUGUUUAGACGUACUCAUCUUUACGUGUGCUAUUAGUCUGAACCAUGCGUGAGUGUAUCUCAGUGCACGUGGGUCAGGCUGGCGUCCAGAUCGGCAACGCCUGCUGGGAGCUGUACUGUCUGGAACAUGGCAUCCAGCCGGACGGUCAGAUGCCCUCAGACAAGACCAUUGGGGGCGGGGACGACUCCUUCAACACAUUCUUCAGCGAGACGGGGGCGGGCAAGCACGUGCCCCGGGCAGUCUUCGUGGACCUGGAACCCACAGUUAUAGACGAGGUCCGCACGGGCACCUACCGUCAACUCUUCCACCCGGAGCAGCUGAUCACCGGCAAGGAGGAUGCCGCUAACAACUACGCCAGAGGCCACUACACCAUCGGCAAGGAGAUCGUGGACCUGGUUCUGGACCGGAUCAGGAAGCUGGCUGACCAGUGCACCGGCCUGCAGGGGUUUCUGAUAUUCCACUCCUUCGGGGGAGGGACGGGGUCAGGGUUCACCUCCCUGUUGAUGGAACGUCUGUCUGUGGACUACGGCAAAAAGUCGAAACUUGAGUUCUCCAUCUACCCAGCACCACAGGUGUCCACCGCCGUUGUUGAGCCGUACAACUCCAUCCUCACCACCCACACCACCCUGGAACACUCCGACUGCGCCUUCAUGGUCGACAACGAGGCCAUCUACGACAUCUGCCGGCGUAACCUUGACAUUGAGCGUCCGACCUACACCAACCUGAACCGGCUGAUCGGCCAGAUCGUGUCGUCGAUCACCGCCUCCCUCAGGUUUGACGGCGCCCUCAACGUGGAUCUGACAGAGUUCCAGACCAACUUGGUGCCCUACCCGCGCAUACACUUCCCUCUGGCCACAUACGCCCCUGUCAUUUCAGCGGAGAAGGCCUACCACGAGCAGCUGUCAGUGGCUGAGAUCACCAACGCCUGUUUCGAGCCAGCCAAUCAGAUGGUCAAGUGUGACCCACGUCACGGCAAGUACAUGGCCUGCUGUAUGCUGUACAGAGGUGAUGUUGUCCCCAAGGAUGUCAACGCUGCCAUAGCAACCAUCAAGACAAAGAGAACCAUCCAGUUUGUGGACUGGUGCCCCACUGGUUUCAAGGUCGGCAUCAACUACCAGCCACCAACUGUUGUACCUGGAGGUGACUUGGCCAAGGUCCAGCGUGCGGUCUGCAUGUUGAGCAACACCACGGCCAUAGCUGAGGCCUGGGCUAGACUUGACCACAAGUUUGACCUUAUGUACGCUAAGCGUGCAUUUGUCCACUGGUACGUGGGUGAGGGCAUGGAGGAGGGUGAGUUCUCCGAGGCCCGUGAGGACCUGGCCGCCCUGGAGAAGGACUAUGAGGAGGUGGGCGUGGACUCGGUCGAGGGGGAAGGGGAGGAGGAGGGGGAGGAGUACUAGCCACGCCAGCCUGACCAGAAGCUGUCGGUACAACAGCAGCAACAGCAGCAGCAUCAGCACAUACGGUGUUGACCAAUAUGACCAAUUAUGACCUCACAUAUCAAUUAAACGUCGAAGUUUUUUUUUUUCUUUUUAAACUCUGGCGGAAAAGUAAAAUAUCUACAAUAAAUUAUUGUCCAAACAUUCAA